AACAAAUAUGAAGAAUUUAGAAGGAUUUAGUAAAUGUGGAAAAUGGAAGUAGGGACGUAGUUUCUGCUGCGCCAUACGGCUUCACCACUGUCCCGCACAGCCGCAACAGCGGCACCAAGUUUUCAGAGUUUCAGAUUCAAUGAUCUACUGACCAUUUCCGUAGAAAUUGUGGAGGAGUCUAAUGCACUAAAAUGUAUAAGUUUCGUUCACUAUUGCAAGCAUCCCUUACUGCAACUAAAAGAGCACUCACAUGGAACCUGGAAGACUUAAUUCCUCCAAGUGAAAGAUAUAUUUUCAAUUUCAGCUCAAAGGAUGAACUGAAAAGGUGGCAUUUAUAUUCAGAUUCUGAAUAUGGAGGUCGGUCAUCUGCAUCUCUAGAGAUAAAAAGUACUAGUAAUGGAUCUACUUCUGUUGGAAUAUUUUCUGGAAACCUCUCUAAAGAUGUAGCCGAGGGUUCGACCUGGAAUAUGACUAGAAGUGGUUUCUGUGGAAUGAGGUCUAAAAAGUUUGAUGGCUUCAUUGACUUGGAUGCAUAUGACACAAUAGCAGUUAAACUGAAAGGAGAUGGGAGGUGCUACAUCUCUACUAUUUACACACAAAAUUGGGUAAAUUCCCCUGGGCAAGAAGAAGAUAACUCAUGGCAGGCGUUUGUUGUCGUACCUAAAGACAACUGGUACAUAGCUAAGAUACCUCUCUCCAGGUACGUGCCGACAUGGAGAGGGAACAUAAUCAAUGCAAAGAUGGAGAUGAAUCCGUCUCGUGUUCUCGGUAUGUCUCUAUCUGUGAAUGCCGAAGGCGGAGUCCCGGGCGCAAAGUCUGGGCCCGGAGAUUUCCACGUGGAGAUUGAUUGGAUCAAAGCCAUGCGAACCGGAUGAGCACGCGGGUUUUGGAACUUGGAAAACAUUCUUCUUGUGGUUUGUUACUGCUCUAUGGUUUGUCUGGUUUCAUGCAACUUUGACAAAAGGCAAUUGUAGUGUGCUGAUAAAUAAUUAGAAGACCUAUGGACGAUUCUAAUGUCAUGAUUGGAAUUUUGACAUAAAAAUACUGUAAAAUCUAGAUAGAAAUGGGGCAAUUUACCUAAAUAAGACUAAAAGAUACGGAGUAAUAACUUUCUCAAUAUAGGACUAUAUGUUUUUAUUUCUCAAUGUAAGGCAAUUGAUCAUUAUCUAUGAGUCAUUAUUCAGUUAAAUGUCCAGCAUUACUUGGACAUUAUUCUUCUCACUAGUCAUAAUUAAGUUCUAUUUAGGGAAUAAAAAAGUUUAAGUCCU